CGUUUGCCCCGGAAGUGGCUCUCCUGACAGCUGCUGGGGAGGCGGCGGCGGCGGCAGGCCCGGAGCAAGAUGGCGCUGCGGCCGGGAACGGGAGCCGGAGGCGGCGGGGCCGCGGGAGCUGGCGCGGGGGCCGCAGGAGGAGGCAGCUUUAUGUUUCCGGUUGCAGGUGGAAUAAGACCCCCUCAAGCAGGUUUGAUGCCAAUGCAGCAACAAGGAUUUCCUAUGGUCUCUGUCAUGCAGCCGAAUAUGCAAGGCAUGAUGGGCAUGAACUACAGCUCUCAGAUGUCCCAGGGACCUAUUGCCAUGCAGGCAGGGAUACCGAUGGGAGCAAUACCAGCAGGAGGAAUGCCUUACCUGGGACAAGCACCGUUCCUGGGAGUGCGUCCUCCAGGCCCACAGUACACUCCAGACAUGCAGAAGCAAUUUGCCGAAGAGCAGCAAAAACGAUUUGAACAGCAGCAAAAACUCUUAGAAGAAGAAAGAAAAAGACGCCAGUUUGAAGAACAGAAGCAAAAGCUGAGACUUCUGAGCAGUGUGAAACCCAAGACAGGAGAGAAGAGUAGAGACGAUGCUUUGGAAGCCAUAAAAGGAAACUUAGAUGGAUUUUCCAGAGAUGCUAAGAUGCACCCUACUCCAGCAUCACACCCUAAGAAACCAGAUUAUCCCACAUCUCAUUCUACUAAAACUGUCUUUCUUGAUGAAGAAGAAUUCAGUGACUUUAUGCAGGGGCCUGUUGAAGUUCCCACAUGUGGGCCUUCUUCCACUUUUCAGUCUUUCCAUCCCACCACCCCACUUGGCCAGUUGCAUACACAGAAGGCUGGACCACAGCCUCUCCCUCCAGGCCCUUCCUUGGAGGAGAAGCUCCUAGUAUCUUGUGAUAUAAGUGCAUCUGGGCAGGAACAAAUUAAAUUCAAUUCUUCUGAAGUUGGGCACAAAGCUCUGGGCCCAGGUUCCUGUAAGAACCAUCCCAGUUUAACGGCCAAUAACGGGGGUGCUGUAGAUGGACGUGUCAGUGGUACCACUACCACAGAGGCAGAAAAGACUUCAGACCAAAACCUGUCCAUUGAAGAGAGUGGUGUGGGAGUGUUUCCCUCACAGGAUCCUGUUCAGCCCAGAAUGCCUCCUUGGAUUUACAAUGAGAGUUUGGUUCCAGAUGCCUAUAAGAAAAUUUUAGAAACCACAGUGACUCCAACUGGAAUAGAUACUGCUAAACUUUAUCCCAUUCUGAUGUCAUCUGGACUUCCCAGGGAAACUCUUGGACAGAUAUGGGCCUUAGCUAAUCGAACCACACCUGGCAAGCUUACUAAAGAGGAACUUUAUACGGUUCUCGCCAUGAUAGCGGUAACACAGAGGGGUGUUCCUGCCAUAAGUCCCGAUGCUUUAAACCAGUUCCCAGCGGCUCCUGUUCCAACUUUAAGUGGCUUUCCUAUGACUUUGCCUCCUGCGGUGAGUCAGCCGACUGGGAUGCCUUCAGGCCCUGUGGGCUCCAUGCCCCUCAACCUUGGACAGCCUGUCAUGGGCAUUAAUCUUGUUGGACCAGUGGGAGGAGCCACAGCCCAGACUUCCACUGGCUUCAUGCCAACUUAUUCUGCAAAUCAGGUGGUAAAACCAGAAGAAGAUGACUUCCAAGACUUUCAAGAUGCUUCUAAGUCAGGAUCCCUUGAUGACUCAUUCAGUGAUUUCCAAGAGUUGCCUGCUUCUUCAAAAACAAGUAAUUCCCAGCAUGGAAGCAGUGCCCCUUCUUUGUUGAUGCCACUCCCUGGAACUAAAGCAUCUGCAUCAAUGGAUAAAUAUGCUGUGUUUAAAGGAAUUGCAACUGACAAGUCCUCUGAAAAUACUAUUCCAUUUGGAGAGCCUGGUGACAAAUAUAGUGCUUUCAGAGAACUCGAACAGACAGCAGAGAGUAAAUCUUUAGGAGAAAACUUCGCAGAAUUCAGAUCUGCAGGGACUGAUGAUGGUUUCACCGACUUUAAAACUGCCGAUAGUCUAUCACCACUAGAGCCACCAACAAAAGACAAAACUUUUCCAGCCGCCUUCCCCUCAGGAGCUAUACAACAGAAACCACAAGCACAAGUGAAAAGUCCUCUGAACUUAGCAGAUCUAGAUAUGUUUUCCUCAGUUACUUGCAGCAGUGAGAAACCAUUGUCCUUUGCAGCUGCAUUUAGUGCACCGAAACCUGUUUCCACACGACCCCAGCCGGCGGGGUCUGCCGCAGCUGCGUCAGCACUGGCUUCGGCUAAAACUUCGAGUCUGGCUGAUGAUUUUGGAGAAUUCAACCUUUUUGGGGAAUAUUCUAGUCCAGCAUCUGUCGGGGAGCAGGAUGACUUUGCAGAUUUUAUGGCUUUCACUAAUAGUUCUGUUUCAUCUGAGCAAAAGGCAGAUGACAAAUAUGAGGCCCUUAAAGAGGAAGCUAGUCCUGGCCCCCUGCCCAGCAGCACCAGCAGCACAGGGAAGAGUGGACAGAGCUCAGCUGCUAUGUCAACCAAAUACGAUGUCUUCAAACAACUCUCUUUGGAAGGGUCUGGACUAGGUUCUGAAGAACUGAAAGAUAACACUCCUUCAGCAAAGAGUGAUGAUGAUUUUGCUGACUUCCACUCGAGUAAGUUUUCUUCCAUGAACUCGGACAAAUCCCUGGGAGAGAAGGCAGUGGCUUUCAGACACACUAAGGAAGACUCUGCAUCAGUGAAGUCCUUGGAUCUCCCUUCCAUUGGUGGCAGCAGUGUUGGCAAGGAGGACUCUGAAGAUGCACUCUCUGUUCAGUUUGACAUGAAACUGGCUGAUGUGGGAGGAGAUCUUAAACAUGUCAUGUCUGAUAGCUCUUUGGAUUUACCAACAGUUAGUGGCCAGCAUCCUCCUGCUGCAGAUAUAGAGGACUUAAAAUAUGCUGCUUUUGGAACCUGCAGCAGCAGUUUUGCAGUGAGCACACUCACGAGCUAUGACUGGGCAGACAGGGAUGAUGCCUCUCAGGGCAGAACACUCCCCCCAUUUGUCCUCUCAGCAGGAAGCGGAGCACCUGCAGCUGCCUCAGUUCUUCAAAAGAAGGAGACCUCGUUUGGCAGUUCCGAAAACCUCACUGUGACAUCUCUCUCCAAAGUCACAACCUUUGCAAGUGAGGACGCUCUUCCAGAGACUCCCUUUCCAGCUUUUGCCAGUUUUACAGAUGUGAUUCCGCGGGCCAGCGAGCAAAAGGAAUAUGAAAGCGGGGACUAUAAGGAUUUCACAAGACAGGACCUGCCUGCAGCUGAACGGAGCCAGGAGACCACGCGCCCAAGCCCAGCCUCCAGCAGCGCGUCUCACGACACCCCCAAGGAAUGUGCAGAUGACUUUGGGGAGUUUCAAAGUGAAAAGCCCAAAAUCAGCAAGUUUGACUUUUUAGUGGCCAGUUCACAAGGCAAAGUGAAAUCCAGUGAAGAAAUGAUCAAAAGUGAGCUGGCAACCUUUGACCUUUCUGUCCAAGGGUCACACAAGAGGAGCCUGAGCCUUGGUGAUAAAGAAAUAAGCCGUACUUCCCCUUCCCCGGCUCUGGAGCAGCCCUUCAGAGACCGCUCCAACACGCUGAGCGAGAAGCCCGCGCUGCCUGUCAUCCGCGACAAGUACAAAGACCUGACGGGGGAGGUGGAGGAGAAUGAGAGAUACGCAUAUGAAUGGCAGAGAUGUCUGGGGAGUGCCCUCGAGGUCAUUAAGAAGGCAAAUGAUACCUUAAAUGGAAUCAGCAGUAGUUCUGUGUGCACAGAAGUAAUUCAGUCAGCCCGAGGCAUGGAGUAUUUAUUAGGUGUGGUCGAGGUGUACAGGGUAACCAAGCGUGUGGAGCUGGGGAUAAAAGCCACUGCAGUGUGCAGUGAGAAACUCCAGCAGUUGCUAAAGGACAUCGAUAAAGUAUGGAAUAACCUAAUUGGCUUCAUGUCACUUGCCACACUCACGAUUUCUAUACAGACCCUCAAAUACAAACCCAUCUCGUCUCCUCUGGUGCUGUUAGAGAAAAAAGUCUGUGAUCACAGAGCAUCUUCCUUUGCGGUGAACUCUUCAAAGGUUCCACAAAACACCAGGCGUGUUAACCAGGUUCAUUAUGUAUUAGUGCUUUUAGGGCAAAAGAUAAUUGGGGAGAAUCUGGGCCUGGAUUACUGCUUUGAGGGAGCUGCUGUCAGUGGGUGAGGUGAAGCCAGGUUCAUCCUUGUACAUCUUGCUCAGAAAGGCUUGCCUUCUAGACUCUGACCCUCUGGGCCUUUCUCUUCUUUUUUCUUCUUUUGUAAAAUAUAUAUACAGUAAAAUGGAACAAUCUUAAUUAUACCACUCAGUGGUUUUGACAGAUGCAUGCCCCAUGUAACCCAGGCCCCUAUCAAGAUACAGAAGAGGCCGUCAUCCCAGAAGCUUUCCUUAAGCUCCUUGCCCCAUCGCCCUACUUACAGAUAAUCUGUGUUCUGAUUUUUUCACACUAAGGAUUAGUUUUGCUCAGACCUUUUUAAAGAAGUCAUAGGAUUUGAUUCUGUGAUUUCAAAGAAAGCCUUCUGGGUUCGGUCACCCAUCUAACCUGGGGGUGUCGUCCUCUCACUCACAGGGGUUCUGAAUCCCUCCCUCCGCACGGCAAACUGGGUGGACAGGAAGAGUGGCCAGGCGUUCGUGCCCCCUCCUUCAGGCUCCUGUUAGGAACAUCCAUUUCUAGCACCACGUCUAGAUGCCAGAGUGAUUUUCCCUGACUUUUUAGACACCAGGUGAGGGUAGGUGCCUGCCACUCGACAGUACAAAUUGUACAGAACACCACUGAGUAUUUAUUUCUCCAGUUACCCAAGCUCUUCGCAUUAUAAUUGCUUUUUUCCACCAGGUUAGCUGUGACAGGGAAAUAAUCAUUCUCAACUCAGCUACUUUUCGUUAUUAUGCUGUGUUAUUUCCUCUUGAUAACUGGUAGGUCCUCAGUCUAUAAAACUUACUUGAACAGCCCACUGCACAAAAAAUACCAUUUUACAGAGGAAGUGUAAGGUGAGACUUGUCUGGGAGAAGCUUUACUUUAAAAAUAGGUGUAAAUGGACACAGACCAGCAUCUGUGUAGUUUUAAUUCAUUUGGAACGAAACUAUACAAACUCCAAGGGCUCUUUAUUAGAGGCUCAAAGCAGAGAAACCGUCACGAGGGAGGGAGGCAUGACUGAGGUUGUAUAGGCAGCUUUUAACUUUUUUCCCCAUUGCUUCAUCAUAGGUAGAAUUUAAAGUUACUUAAUGAGCUGAAUUGCCACAGUCAGGCUCUUUGAUUCCAGUUCCACUAAUAUAAUGGUUACUGUUGGCACCGAGAAUCUCCUAGGCUCUGUGCUGUGUGCUUUACCUUCCUCUCAUUUAAUCCUGGUGACAAUCCCACAGAAUCAGUAAUGUGAUCCCCAUUUGUACAAGUGCAGAAAUUGGGGCUCAGAGAAGUUGAAACUUGCCUGAAAGUGACAGAUCUGGGAUUUGAAUGCAGAUCAUUGUUUAAAAAUCCAUUCUUCCUAUUGUGUUAGUCCCAGCUUCCAAGGUGCUAAAAAAUGACUUGUGUCUUCCCAUGAAGACUCCCUGAAACUAUUCCCAUCAAAAGGAGGCUGCGUUACUUUUCUCCAGAGACGUUCCAGGAUGCAGCAGUGAUGCUUGAGCUAAAGAAAGCAGAGUACACGGCCGUAACCUCCAAAUCUUAAUAUUUCUUUAAGGGGAAGUUACACCAGCAAACUUUUACGUUUCUCUUUCCCUUUGAUGUUCCAUUUAUCCAUGGACUAAAACUCCCCCUUGUGGUAAAAAGCGUUAUCUCCUCUGGGCACAGACUGAAGGAACUGUUUUCUCUCAAGAGCUAAAAAUCACCUAUUUUAGUGAUUUAAGUGAAUUGUUAUCUUAAGGCUUUAUCUCAUGGUUGUGGGUUGAAGCUCCAUGGGUUGGUAACAAAGACUCAAUCCUGAAAAACAGAAUGAAUCCACUUUUGUCAUAUAAAAUCUACCAGAAGAGAGAGGAGUGUUUUUCUCUUGACCUCUAGUCAUUUGGAAAUCAUGCAGGCUCUGUGAUUUCACUGUUACCCUUAGUAUAAUCAUUCUUUCCUUCCUUUCAGUGUGAAAUAAGCAGUGAAUUUCAGGCUACUUACUUCCCACUGCUCUGGCGUAUCAGGAGAACAGUUUAUUUUUAAUAAUGAGAGCAUUUUAGUCAUCUCGUCAGUCUACACAGCACUUGAGCCAGGGUCUUCAUCACGUCUCUGCGUGGCUGUUUAGAGUUGACAGAAGGUGGGUGUGGUAGGUGGAUAUGGUCGACAGAAUAAUGCCCUCCCCCCAGAGAUGUCCACGUCCUGGUCCUGAGAGCCCCUGAACGCUUUACCUUAUAUGGUAAAAGGGACUUGGCAGAUGUGAUGAAGUUAAGGGUUUCCGGAUGGGAAACUUAUUCUGGAUUAUCUGAGUGGGCCCAGAGUCAUGGCAGGGAUCCUUAGAAGAGGAAGGCAGGAGAGGAAGAGGAGAAAGAGCAAUGUGACAGUCGAAGCAGAGAGGCAAAGGUUGGCCGAUGCUCCACUCUUGGCUUUGAAGAUGGAACCAUGAUCCGAGAAGUGUGCUGGCAGUCUCCAGAAACUGGAAAAGGCAAAGCAGCAGACUCUCCCCUAGAAUUUCCAUAAGGAACGCAGUGUUGCCAACCCACUUUAGACUUGUGACGUCCUGAACUAUAAGAGAAUAAAUUUAUCUUGUUUUAAGCCACUAAAUUUGUGCUAAUUUGUUACAGCAGCAAUAGGAAAAAUUACAAAAAAAAAAA